AGCCAGACUAGCGUAGGAUCAACUCUGCCAGACAAACAUCCAAGCAGCGGUGAAACCUCUGGACCGUUGAACCGGAGAAACCAGAGAAACCUGCAAACACAUUUCACCUCAACCACCGAGACUUUGCGUCUUUUAGAAGCCGCUCAUCAUGAAUCUGGAGCCGCCCAAGUCCGGGAUCAAGUCGGCCACCCGCGUGACCGGGGGCCCGGCCACGCCGCGCAAGGGCCCGCCCAAGUUCAAGCAGAGGCAGACCCGCCAGUUCAAGAGCAAGCCGCCCAAGAAGGGGAUCCAGGGCUUUGGCGACGACAUCCCCGGCAUGGAGGGUCUGGGCACAGACAUCACCGUCAUCUGCCCCUGGGAAGCGUUCAACCACCUGGAGCUGCACGAGCUGGCGCAGUACGGAAUCAUCUGAGGAGGCUAGCGGGCUAACGCCGGCUCGUCCCCGAGGAAACUCCUCCUCCUCUCAAACCAUCCGAGCCACGAACUGCAACAAAAACAAAAAAUGGAAAAAGAGAAAAAACAACAAAAAACAAACGUUCUCUCCUGUUACCACCGGACUGAUUCUCUGCAGCUCACACUCAACCUCUGCUCGCGUUUAGCGUCCGUUCGAUUCCCGCCACCUCUAACACAUGCCUGGUCUCUCCUCCUUCGCUUCCUCUGUCCUCUCUUUCUUUCUCUUUCUUUUUCUAUCCAAGAAACCAAGCAAAGCAGCCUCUCAGCGAGUUUAAGAGAUAAAACCGUGAGGCGGGUCGGCUUCCCGCCUCGCGAGCCUCGGCUGCUUCCUUUGCUAACGACGGAGCUAACAUCCCGGCCGAACUUUAAAAUCCUGAAUCCUGUAGAGAGCCGACAGCUGCUGCCGGCGCGGGAAUCCGGUUAAUCCGGUUUCCCCAACUCCCGACUUCCCAAGAACACCAAAAGUUGUCCACAUGUUACACUGCAAAAACUCAAAAUCUUACCAGGAAUAUUUGUCUUCUUUCUAGUUAAAAUGUCUCAUUUUUAGUCAAAAAAUCUCAUUACACUUAAAACAAGAGUCAUUACCAGAAAAAUAACUUAUUUGACAAUUUUCACCUGUUUCAAGUAAAUUUUCACUUGAAAUAAGUAGAAAAAUCUGCCAGUUGGACAAGAUUUAUCUUCUCAUUACAAGCAAAAAUAUCUUGUUUAACUAGAAAUAAGACAAAUAUUCUAGUUAAGAUUUUGAGUUUUUGCAAUGUGGACUUUUCUGAGUCCACAAACUAAGAUAAAUGAACCACUCUAAAGCCAAAAACACCAAAGUAAAACCCCAACUUUUACACGACUGUUCACCAUAUUUCUGGAGCUCCCGCCCGGAUCAACCGGAGUUUUACGAAUUUUAUAUUUCCUUUUCACUUGUACAUCUCCAUUGGCGUUUUUUAUUGCUCUCUCUUUUCACACAACACAGCUGUACCAUGUCUCUAAUUAGUUUUUGAGUUCAUUAUUGAGAUUCGGUGUUACGUUUGUCUUUGAUUUAUUCCUGUGACCCCGAAGACGCCGCCGGUGAUGGACGAUGGCGGCGGGACGAUGAUGAUGAUGACGGAUGUUUGAGUUCAUGUACAAAUCUGUUGUGAUGGAGCUUUGUCCUCUCUACAGGACCAUGGGACAAAAAUAAAGCAUAAAAAAUGUAAAAUAAAACAGAG